UAUGGCGUCUAAAUUGGAGAAUUUUUGAAAGUUGAGCUUCGAAGAUGUUUCCAUGGAAAAACGUGUGCACCAUUUUACCAAAAGGUAUUCCCUUAAGAGUUAUCAUCUUAAGACAGAGUUCUGCUGCUCCUCUGGUCUUUCGGAAGCAGGAUCUCAUUAAAUAUGGAGUCGGACGAGAAGACAUGUUCACGUGCUCUAGUGCAUUUCCAAGACCUCGACUUAGAUUCUUCUCCGCGAAAUCAUCGCAAGAUAAGAAAGAAAGUUCCGUUUUUCAAGAGUUAGUCGAAUCACAAGAGCAGCCGCAAACACAGCUGACAGUUGGUGCUAAAGUUGUACAGGCUGGAAAAGAUGUCAGCUACUUUGGUAUUAUUCUCAUUGGAUUUGCCAUCACAGGUAUUUUAAUUUGGUUCGUGGUGAGUGAGUUGUUUUUUGGCUUCAGUGCAAAUAAAGUGUAUGCUAAAGCUCUUAAAAAGGUCAAAGCAAGUGCAGAGGUAAUUGAAGCAAUUGGAGAACCAAUAAUGGGACAUGGAGAGACAAGUUCAAGAGGAAGAAGAAGACAUGUUAGCUACCAAGAAUAUUUAGUGGAUGGUGAGAACUACAUGAGAGUCAAGUUUUAUGUGUCGGGACCCAAACGGAAAGGAACUGUUCAUGUUGAUGUGAAAGAGGGAUCACGAGGGGGCUUUGACUAUCGCUUCAUCUUCGUUGAACUCUCUGGAUCACCUGCUGAGACUAUCAUAGUGUUGGAUAAUCGAUGAGGUGUUCCCUGCAAAAAAACCAACAUAUCCAAGUGUGUGAUGACAACCAACAAAUUGAGCAACUUAUAGUAAAUCAUCUUUAGCCGGCUGAGUGAUACGUGGGCCGUGACGUAUGUAAUGUUGGCCAACGUCAUGAAACUAAACAGGCUUACAGUCUUAUUAGACGUGCUGGUUUCUUUCAUUUAUUUUUGUAUGACGUCCACGAAUAGCAAAAUUGGAUAAACAUGAAAAAACGAUGAGCGUUUUUCCCUUUUAAAUUAGUUAUAAACGCCGAAAUAAAAAACAAAGCAAACAAAUAAAUAAAUAAAUAAACGAAUGAAAGUGUGAGCAAAGUGGGACAGGUAGCAAGCCUAGAACGGCCAUGAGAUCAACCAUCUCCACCAGUUUAUCACCAGUCUCCUUUCGUUUCUGGUGAAUUGCACUUGUCCUUUCCGUGUUAGUAUUUCUCUCAACACCAAGCUGAAGUCCGGCUCUCAAACUAAUUAUAUUUGUAUCCGGUCGCUUCGUGCUCACGGUUGUUUCCUGCCCAUUGGUCUCGUACCCAAACUCAGUCGAUUCGAACCCAAAUUUAAGUCGGUUCGUACACAAACCGCUGAUCGAUUCGCACAUUUAUUUUUUAUACUCGUGUAUGUCUAAUAUUUUUUCUCCAGGUGUCAACAUGAAAAACAUACUUUAUUAGUUUGGGUAUGAAACGACCGAGCUGGGUACGAAACAAUUUAACUGACUGGAGCACUUGUUUCUGUUCUUGUCGUUGUUAUUUUUUCUUCACCGAUGAUUACUUUUUUAGAUCAAUAGUAUAACCAACGCACCGGCGAUAAAUUUAAAAGGAGUUUAUUUCCACGCCAUUACCGGUGGUUUCUAAAUCAAGUAUUACAAACAUAGUACAUCAAGAUCCGAACGACUAAUUACAAGAUCGGAAGUAACAUAGGAAAUACAAAUAACAAGAAAUAUGUUCAAAGGCAAUACUAAUAACACAAGGAACACGGGAAACUCGACGAAAGAGCAAUUUACCAGACAAUUUUUGAAAUACGGCUGAAAAAGGUACUUGCGAAUACCUUGACGCGAGUUCACACUUCUCUUAUUUGCAAGAUCCGCGCGAAAAUUCAAAGCUAAAUAGAUGGCUGCGCGGCCUGGGGCUAGGGGGGAUUGGUUUUUACAAAUAGGAUAGUUUAUUACUCGCAGAUCAGAGUAUCUUUUCUAGACUUUUCCACGAUUUUAAUCAAAUUCGUCAAAGCGAAAUCAGCAUGGCGGAAUUGACUAUUUUGACGAAUUCUAGUCGAAUUCGUCGAAGCAAAAUCAGCUCGGCGGAUGUGACGAUUUUGACGAAUUUUCGCCAUUUUCUUUGAUGCAUGCAUUUCUGGACAUAUCUCCGAGGUGGUGGAACAGCCACAGUUUAGAGCGUAAUGAAUUAUUCUUUUCCUUGGUGAACGAAUCC